AUGGCCGAGCAACAAAUCUCCAAUCUUCUUUCCAUGUUUGAUGCUUUCCACGCCAACCAAAAGUUGGAAAUCACAGUUCAAGUUACGGAUUCGUUCCAGUUCAGAGACACACCUCCAGACUCUUCCUCCUCAGAAGGAGGCUCGUUGUCUCGCUAUGAGGAGCGACGUGUCUCCCUUCCUCUUCCUCACAAUGCACCCUCUCCAGACUUGGUUUCCCAGCUAUGCUUCUCAACAACUAUGAGCUCCGAGCUCAAUACUAGGUGGAAGUCACAGCGCCUCAAAGUCGCUGAUUCUCCGUACGAUUAUAUCUUGACCCUGCCCUCUAAAGGCAUUCGUGGGGCUUUCAUUGACUCGUUGAAUGUCUGGCUCCAAGUCCCCGAGGACAAGACCUCGGUUAUCAAAGGGGUGAUUGGCAUGCUUCACAACUCCUCUCUCAUAAUCGAUGAUUUUCAAGAUAACUCCCCACUUCGGCGGGGCAAGCCAUCUACACAUACUGUUUUUGGUCCAGCCCAAGCAAUCAACACAGCAACGUACGUCAUCGUCAAGGCAAUCGGGAAAAUCCAGGAGAUUGUCAGCCACGAUACUUUGGCAGACAUAAUUAGUACUAUAACCACAAUCUUCCAAGGUCAGGCCAUGGAUCUUUCGUGGACGGCUAACACUACUGUUCCGUCUAUCCAAGAGUAUCUUCUGAUGGUCAAUGAUAAGACCGGUGCCCUAUUCAGGUUAUCACUUGAGCUGCUGGUGCUGAAUUCCGAAGUCUCCAUCAGUGGUAGCACUCUAGACUCUCUCAGUAGCGUUGUUUCACUGCUCGGGCAAUAUUUCCAGAUCAGAGAUGAUUAUAUGAAUCUCAUUGACAAUAAGGUCUGUUCCCCAGAGCCUAUUGCCCAUCUUCGGGUACCAGAAGGGGAUAACCCGCUUCUCGGCACUUCCAAGAAGCUCAGAACCUUUGCUAAUGAUUCACAGUACACUGAUCAGAAAGGAUUCUGCGAGGAUCUGGACGAAGGGAAGUACUCGUUAACUCUGAUGCACGCUCUGCAGAGUGACUCUAGUGGUCUUCUCACCAACAUCUUAUCGAUGAGACGAGUCCAGGGAAGGCUUACGACACAGCAAAAGAUGCUAGUGUUGGAAGUGAUGAAAGCCAAUGGCAGCCUAGAAUGGACGAGUGCACUCCUUGGCAUGCUGCACACUAGAGUUCUAGCCGAGAUUGGAAGCUUGGAAGUGAGUUUGAAUCGGGAUAACCCUGCUCUUAGGGCGUUGGUGGAACGCCUCAAGCUCGAGACUUGA